UCGCGGGAACCGGUUGCCGCACGGACCUGGACGACCUCUGCCUUCGUCAUUUCCUGCCGGCCCAUCGGUUUCCGGAAGAGACGAGGAACCAGGGUGUUGGGCAUCAACAGAGUCACUGGCUCUAAAUGACUGCACAGAUAGGGGAAUACAUACAUCACCUCACCCACAGUCCAGGAAUCAGAGGAGGAAGUGCCUUUGAAUGAAGCACGGGCCACAAACCUGGUUAGCAGCCAGGGAGGACACACGUUCUGCAGGCAUCUUACGCUGGACACAGCACAAUUUGGCUUCCAUGUUAUCUUUGAGUAUGAGAGAGACUCCUAGUUUCAGCAUGUCCUCACUAGAGACCCAAGAACCAGCUGUUCUCAGAGAAUUUAAAAUUUGCUACAGUUAGGCAUAUUUGACAAAAAUGUGCCCCAGGCUUCUAAAGUGUUCAGCAAAAAUGGCAUCAUUGGAAUAGGUCUCUGCAAUGACUGCUUUCAGGAAAGUUGGAGUAAGACUUAUCAGGAGGAAACAUCACAGCUUUCCCAGAUUGGGAGGAAAAAUAUGGAAUGUGUUUUACCGCUGACUGAACACAACCAAAUGAACUGUACUGACAGUAGUUUGAAAACCAGCAGUUAGCAGUUUGUUCAGCCUCUAACAUUGUCCAGCACUUUCCAGAGCAAACUCACUGUUUACAAGAACUCUCGGCCUUACAACGUUUAUAACCUCAAGCUUCGUUUAUUUAAAAUAUUUCUGCUAAAGAAAAAUACCCACAGUCCACUUUUCAAAAUGGCCAUGGAUGAUUAUUUGUGGAUGGUCAUUUUAGGUUUUAUCAUAGCUUUUAUUUUGGCAUUUUCUGUUGGUGCAAAUGAUGUUGCCAAUUCAUUCGGUACUGCUGUGGGCUCUGGCGUGGUGACCUUGAGGCAGGCGUGCAUUUUGGCUUCAAUAUUUGAAACCACAGGCUCAGUGUUAUUGGGAGCCAAAGUAGGAGAGACCAUUCGUAAAGGUAUCAUUGAUGUGAACCUAUACAACGAGACGGUAGAAACACUUAUGGCUGGGGAAGUCAGUGCAAUGGUUGGUUCAGCUGUUUGGCAGCUGAUUGCAUCGUUUCUGAGACUUCCGAUCUCAGGAACUCAUUGCAUUGUUGGUGCAACAAUAGGAUUCUCACUUGUUGCAAUUGGCACAAAAGGUGUGCAGUGGAUGGAGCUGGUCAAGAUUGUUGCUUCUUGGUUUAUAUCUCCACUGUUGUCUGGUUUCAUGUCUGGCGUGCUGUUUGUACUGAUCAGAAUUUUCAUCUUAAAAAAGGAGGACCCUGUGCCCAAUGGCCUCCGAGCACUUCCAGUGUUCUAUGCUGCUACAAUAGCAAUAAAUGUGUUUUCCAUCAUGUACACAGGAGCACCAGUGCUCGGGCUGGUCCUCCCCAUGUGGGCGAUAGCGCUCAUCUCCUUCGGCGUGGCGCUGCUGUUCGCCAUUUUUGUGUGGCUCUUUGUGUGUCCAUGGAUGCGGAGGAAAAUAGCAGGCAAAUUACAAAAAGAAGGUGCUUUAUCUCGAGUCUCUGAUGAAAGCCUCAAUAAGAUUCAGGAAAUGGAGUCCCCCGUGUUUAAAGAGCUCCCAGGUGCCAAGGCUAGUGACGACAGCACUGUCCCCCUCACGGGGUCGGCAGGGGAGACAUCUAUGGCCUCCGAAGGCAUAUCAGCGAGCAGCCACCCCCGGGCCGCCUAUGGAAGGGCACUUUCCAUGACCCAUGGCUCCACGAAGUCCCCCCUCUCCAAUGGCACGUUUGGCUUUGACGGCCACACGAGGAGCGAUGGUCACGUGUACCACACGGUGCACAAAGACUCGGGGCUCUACAAAGACUUGCUGCACAGAAUCCACACGGACAGGGGCUCUGACGAGAAGCCUGCCCCAGAGAACAACUAUAGGUUCCUGCGACGCAAUAACAGCUACACUUGCUACACGGCGGCCAUUUGUGGAAUGCCGGUCCACUCGACUUUCAAAGCUGCUGACUCGUCGCCUGCACCCGAGGACAGCGAAAAGCUGGUGGGUGACACAGUGUCCUAUUCUAAAAAGAGACUUCGCUAUGACAGCUACUCGAGCUACUGCAAUGCAGUAGCUGAAGCUGAGAUUGAGGCCGAGGAGGGCGGUGUGGAAAUGAAGCUGGCAUCUGCGCUGACAGAGCCUGACCAGCCUCGAGGGGACCCAGUGGAAGAAGAAAAAGAAGAGAAAGACACAUCCGAGGUUCACCUCCUGUUCCAUUUUCUACAAGUCCUUACUGCCUGUUUUGGAUCCUUUGCACACGGUGGCAAUGAUGUGAGUAAUGCCAUUGGUCCUCUGGUAGCUUUGUGGCUGAUUUAUGAACAAGGUGCAGUCCUACAAGAAGCAGCUACUCCCGUCUGGCUGCUGUUUUAUGGAGGAGUUGGAAUUUGCACAGGGCUCUGGGUUUGGGGACGAAGAGUGAUCCAGACCAUGGGGAAAGACCUCACUCCAAUCACACCAUCCAGCGGCUUCACCAUUGAACUGGCCUCAGCAUUCACAGUGGUGAUCGCCUCCAACGUGGGGCUUCCUGUCAGCACCACUCACUGCAAGGUAGGCUCCGUGGUGGCUGUGGGCUGGAUCCGCUCCCGCAAGGCUGUGGACUGGCACCUCUUCCGGAACAUCUUUGUGGCCUGGUUUGUGACUGUCCCCGUGGCUGGGGUAUUCAGUGCUGCUGUCAUGGCUCUCCUCAUGUACGGGGUCCUUCCAUUUGUGUGAUUGGUCUUCUCCCAACCAGUAAACAAGGGAGAGUCUGGCGUGGGGAUGUGUGGGAGGUGUGUGCCCAUAUCUCACACGUCCACGCGUCCUGCCCACGCACAGGCUGUCUCCCAACCAGCUUCUCCAUGCCCCUUCAGAUGGUUCCAGACCACACUGUUCCCCUAGGUGGUGGAGUCCUCCAGAGCUAACUUAACUACUGUACAUAAUAAUGUGCAUUAAACUGGUAUUGUGGUGAUAUAACGUGGUGCAGUUACUUAUAUAUUAAUUAUAUAUUGUAUACAUAGAAUAAGUAGCAUUAUUUCAAAUAUAUUCAAAAUGGUAGUGGAGAAAAUUGCCUAGAAUUCAACAUUCAUCAAUUCUUUGUACAUAGUGUUUUCAGUGGCAAAUUUUGAGAACCUUUUAAAAGGAAAGUGUAGAUUGGAAAAUGUUGUUUUUCCCAUUUAAUAUACUGUAAGAUAACUGAGAUACAAGAUGUAUGAUACAAAUUUGGGAAAGUGUACGUAUGUCAGUGCUAUUGAAUAAUACUGGAACAGGAGUUCCCAAGUGCUUUCACUGAAGAGUUUGUUCAUAUACUGUGUAUUAUUAUGUAAUAUAUCAUAAUUGCUUCUGUAAAUACUUAAAACUGUAAUUUUUUAAUGGUGUGUGCUUCCUAGCUUUUUUGAUCAGAGAAUUUUUGGAAAGUACCAAAGAAGCAGGGGAAUAGUUUGCCAGUAUUAUAUUUUCAUAUUGUUUGUCCCUCAUUAAUUCUGCCGUUAACCUGGGAUGUAGCAAGACCGCCCUGCUCUGGCCUGCUCCGGAGCAGUGUGUGGGGAGGCACCAGCCCCGCCUGGCACGUCCCACUUACCCAGCACUGCUGCCGCGUGCCAGCGAUCGGUCAGCCGUGCAGUGGCCGUCCAUUCUUGUCAGUGUAGAGAAUGUACAGAGGACGCGUACUCAAGCACUACAUAUCAAGUCCAGUUUUAAUUUUCACUCCUGUAUCUCCCCUGAAGCUGGAAGGAAUUCUUGUCUCAAACAUUGAGGCUAGUACUUCGAUAUUCUAGAAAUUCAAGAGAGGGGAGGUUGAAAUAUCAGACAGUACACUGGAUUUGAAGAUUUCUUUGAGGCCUUCACUAAGCUGAGCAUCUGAUGCUCUACUGUAGUCCCAUUGGAUUCUUUGUUGAUAGCGGGAGGGAGGAAGUAUGACUAAUGUUAGAGCCUGAAACUAUGGAAAUGCUGCUAAAAUUUUUAUAUCGACAGACAUUUUCUGGUACUUCAUUGUGAUUUUUCAU